CCGCAUCUCAGGUUAUACAGAGGGAGCGAAGCUGGCUACGAUCGCCGGUAGAUCUAGCUUGGGACGCGCGGCGAAGUCCUUCCCACCUCGAGGAAGAUCUCUGCUGUAAGCGCCGCAAUUACAAAUUGUGCCGCGCGAAACUCUGCCAAGUGUUUCCCUACCCUGAAAGAAGAACCGGGCGGAUAAUAUGUCAACCCCGAGCAGAUUCAAGAAGGACAAGGAGAUCGUGGCCGAAUAUGAAAGUCAAGUGAAAGAGAUUCGAGCUCAGCUAAUAGAGCAACAGAAAUGUCUGGAGCAGCAGACGGAGAUGAGGGUGCAACUUCUUCAAGACCUGCAAGAUUUCUUUCGCAAAAAAGCGGAAAUAGAGACUGAAUAUUCUCGCAAUUUAGAAAAACUAGCAGAAAGGUUCAUGGCGAAAACAAGAAGUACUAAGGACCAUCAACAAUACAAGAAAGACCAGAAUCUGCUGUCUCCAGUAAAUUGCUGGUAUUUGCUCCUCAACCAAGUGAGACGGGAAAGCAAAGAUCAUGCAACCUUGAGUGAUAUCUACCUGAACAACGUCAUCAUGCGAUUUAUGCAGAUAAGCGAAGAUUCCACAAGGAUGUUCAAGAAGAGCAAAGAGAUUGCAUUCCAGCUUCAUGAGGAUUUAAUGAGGGUUCUUAAUGAGCUUUAUACGGUCAUGAAAACUUACCAUAUGUAUCAUACAGAAAGCAUCAGUGCAGAAAGCAAACUAAAGGAAGCUGAAAAACAGGAAGAGAAGCAAAUUGGCAGGUCGGGAGAUCCUGUUUUUCACAUUCGGCUGGAGGACAGACACCAGAGACGCAGCUCUGUGAAGAAAAUUGAAAAGAUGAAGGAAAAACGUCAAGCAAAAUAUUCUGAAAACAAGCUGAAAUCCAUUAAAGCCAGAAAUGAGUAUCUGCUAACCCUUGAAGCAACAAACGGCACUGUGUUCAAGUAUUACAUUCAUGACCUUUCAGAUCUGAUUGAUUGUUGCGAUCUUGGAUAUCAUGCAAGCCUGAACAGAGCCUUAAGAACAUAUCUCUCUGCAGAGUAUAACCUUGAAACCUCUCGGCACGAGGGUCUGGACAUCAUUGAAAAUGCUGUUGACAAUUUGGAACCACGAAGUGACAAGCAGAGAUUCAUGGAGAUGUAUCCGACAGCCUUUUGCCCUCCAAUGAGAUUUGAGUUCCAGCCCCAUAUGGGUGAUGAGGUUUCUCAGGUCAGUGUCCAGCAGCCAGUCCAAGGGGAACUCAUGCUUAGGUAUCAGCAGCUUCAGUCACGACUGGCCACAUUGAAAAUUGAAAAUGAGGAGGUUAAGAAGACAACUGAAGCUACUUUACAGACAAUACAAGAUAUGGUCACCAUUGAGGACUACGACGUUUCUGAAUGUUUCCAGCACAGUCGUUCAACAGAGUCUGUGAAGUCAACAGUUUCUGAGACCUACUUGAGCAAGCCUAGCAUUGCGAAGAGAAGAGCGAACCAGCAGGAGACGGAACAGUUCUAUUUCAUGAAAUUCAGAGAGUAUCUGGAGGGAAGUAAUCUCAUCACAAAGCUCCAAGCAAAGCAUGAUUUACUGCAGCGAACACUUGGAGAAGGUCAUAGAGCAGAAUAUAUGACUACAAGCCGAGGGCGAAGGAACUCCCACACAAGGCAUCAGGACUCUGGGCAAGUAAUCCCCCUCAUUGUAGAAAGCUGCAUCCGGUUUAUCAACUUGUAUGGUCUCCAGCACCAGGGCAUUUUCAGAGUAUCUGGCUCCCAGGUGGAAGUCAAUGAUAUUAAAAAUUCAUUUGAGAGAGGUGAAAAUCCUUUGCAAGAUGACCAAAGUAAUCAUGACAUUAACUCAGUUGCUGGAGUACUGAAGCUCUAUUUCCGAGGGCUGGAGAACCCUGUCUUUCCUAAGGAAAGAUUUAAUGAUCUUAUUUCUUGUGUCAGAAUAGAAAAUCUCUAUGAGAGAGCUCUUCACAUACGAAAACUCCUCCUGACUUUGCCCAGAUCAGUCCUUAUAGUGCUAAGAUAUCUUUUUGCUUUCCUCAAUCACCUUUCGCAGUACAGCGAUGAAAAUAUGAUGGAUCCGUACAACCUGGCCAUUUGUUUUGGCCCAACGUUGAUGCCUGUUCCAGACAUUCAGGAGCAAGUGUCGUGUCAGGCUCACGUGAACGAAAUAAUCAAAACUAUCAUCAUUCACCACGAAACCAUUUUUCCAGAUUCUAAGGAGCUGGAUGGCCCCGUUUAUGAGAAAUGUAUGGCUGGUGACGAAUACUGUGAUAGUCCUUAUAGUGAACAUGGUACCUUAGAAGAAGUGGACCUAGAUGCUGGUACAGGACCACACACCAGUGAAGAUGAAUGUGAACCAAUAGAAGCUAUUGCCAAGUUUGACUAUGUUGGAAGAUCUGCACGAGAGCUGUCUUUUAAAAAAGGGGCCUCCCUGCUCUUAUAUCAUCGAGCUUCUGAUGACUGGUGGGAAGGAAGACACAAUGGAAUUGAUGGCCUUGUACCUCACCAAUACAUAGUGGUUCAAGAUAUGGAUGAUACAUUUUCAGACACACUGAGCCAGAAAGCAGAUAGUGAAGCCAGCAGUGGACCAGUAACAGAGGACAAGUCUUCCUCUAAGGAUAUGAACUCACCCACAGAUCGUCAACCCGAAAUAUAUUCUGGAAGGCAGCGCAAGAGAACUGAACUCUCGCUUCCCGGCAGACGCCCUGGCAGAACCAGCGAUGGACACUGUCCAGUUCAUCAGCCGCACAGCCUUGCCAAUUCAUCGCUGGAGUUGGGCUCCCCCAGUAUGACAAGCCACAGCGCUUCUCGUGCUGCCCUUCAAAACCGCAGCCUCAAUACGGAUAGUCCAGAAAGGAGACGAAGGCCUGGUCAUGGCAGCCUCACCAAUAUUAGUAGGCAUGAAUCCCUGAAGAAAAUUGACAGCCCACCCAUUAGAAGAUCAACAUCAUCUGGCCAAUACCCAGUUUUCAAUGAUCACAAACCACUUGACCCAGAGGCAAUUGCUCAGGAUAUUGAAGAAACAAUGAACACAGCUCUGAAUGAACUCCGGGAACUGGAACGUCAAAGCUCUGCAAAACAUGCCCCAGAUGUAGUGCUGGAUACCUUGGAACAAAUGAAAAAUUCCCCCUCCAGCACCGCCUCCACGGAAUCCCUGAGCCCUCUCCACAGUGUCCUCUUAAGAAGCACCGAGCCUCAGAUUCGGCGUAGCACCAGCUCUUCCAGUGAUACUAUGAGUACCUUCAAGCCCAUGGUGGCACCCAGGAUGGGGGUGCAACUGAAACCGCCUGCCCUUAGGCCAAAGCCCAUCGUUCUUCCAAAAACAAACCCAACCGUGGGCCCUUCCUCUCCUUCCCAAGGUCCAGCAGACAAGUCUUGCACAAUGUGAAAACCAAGCAGUUUGUGUGACAAGCGUGGAGUGAACUACCAAAAGGAUGGAGCGCUGAUCAAUGUCUUGUGUUCCAUCACACCAUUCGUUUCUAAUUUAUAACGGGAGAGGUUUUGUUUUUUAAAAAACUUUUUUUUAGUGUAAUGUCUCCAAGCUACCUACGUUAACAUGGGUCCAAUUUUUAAACUGGACAGUUAAUUGUGUGUCGUUUUAAAACAACAGGAAUACAUGCUUUUACUUGAAAACUCCACGCUGCACCUUUUCUAAUAAAAGCAUCACAGGUCACAGCCAGCAUCCCGUGAGGUUCAAUAAGUUACACUUACUCUAGUUUUUAGACUUAUGAGUGGUCAUUUGAAAGGGAUUAAUUAAUGGAUUUGUUUACUUCUGUAUUGUAAUUGGCUCCAGUAUAGAUCAGAUUUUUUUAUAUGGGCUAAAAGUUUGUAUCUUGAGAAUUAUUAAGAAGUGAAUCAGGAAAGACAUUUCCUUCAAAAUACUUUGUGUGUGUGUUGGUAGGGUUAGUACUGCAUAUGGAGAAUGUAUUUGCAUCUCACACCGAUGUAGAUGGCAGCUCUCUAAAUCAAAGCUAAAGCCUGUUGUCAGAAAUGCUAUAUAGAAUAGUUUCUAAUGGUUGCACUCAGGCUUGCUGCACUGCAAUAAAGGUAGAUUUUUAGCCACCAGUUCUUUCAGACAACUGUUCACACAAACAAAUCACUACAAAAAAUAUGUUUACAUUCCUAUGAGCCGAUGGUUUAGAUGUCUCUGCAGAUAGUCUUAGCUAAUCAAAUUAUUUGUAACAAAACAUUCCUAGAAAACCUACACUUUAAAGCUGCUGUAUCCUUAUGAUUAUGAACACAUUGGCCUGCACGUCACAGUAAGACAUGUCUUAUUGCUUUCUGUGAGCAAGCAGUGUGCUAGCUCCUAGAGGUGGAAGAAACAAACCACAAGGCUUGACUCGAGCAAGAAACAAACCAUGAGCAGUAAGCCAGGAACAAGUGGUAGUUAGUUCUUGCAAUUUGUUUGUAGCUUGCCACUAGCUGUUUGUUUGCAAGAAACAAACCAGUGCGGGUUCAUAAGUAAGACAAAGCCAAGUUUUGUGGUUUGUUACUCCUGGCUCUGAGAAGAGUAGGACAGAUUGAACAGCAUGCACUGGUACAAGGCUCGUUCAUAGUAAGCCAUGGUUUUAUUGCUCCUUGUGGCAUGCAAAAGGGGCUACUGUGUACAAAAGAGUGUGCUGUUUCUCGAGUGUAUUUAUUCAGGUGAAUUUUGAUUUCUAAACUGGAAUAACUCCUCUUGAGGCUAGAGGUUGUUCACAGGGCAAAGAUCUCAUUUUCUACUCUAGAAUCUGAACAAAAAGUAUCAGAACCACUCCUCCCCCCCCCCAAUUAACAUGUCAUUACUUUUUUCAUGUGUGUUUAUGUGUGAGUGAAGCUAUCGAUCUGCAUAGUACUUCAUCUUUGUUGUUAUUGUUACAUAUGAACUAACAAGUGUUUUGCACAAACUUAACAGUAAGCUAUAUCAUUUCCGUGAAUGUUUUUACAAGGUCACCACCUCACUCCACAGGAGAAUUUAUCGCAUGUUACUAAUCAGGCAAACACUUAACUAAAAACCGUUUGAGUACUAGGCUGGAGUUGGGGGAAGGAAUUGAUUCAGCUGAUACUUAUCUACAUACGCAAAACUUGAUCAAAAUAAGGGGUUUCUUUUGUCAUAGAACUUGUCACAUUAGGAACCUGUCAUUCUUCAAAGUGAAUGUUUUCAUUUGGGUCCUUCGCGCUAUGCGGAAUCAAACAGGAGGAGACUAGUUGUUAGGCAGAAAGAAUUGCCUAAGGACAUCGUAGCUACCAUUGUUGUUUGGGACUGAUUUACUCCCAUUGCAGUUUGUUUACUAAUUAUAUUUAGCUGAAUGGGAUUGCCAAAUCACAUGUAGCAUGGACGUGGCAAAGACGUAAGUAGCUUUGCAAAGAAGUUGCCCACAUGAACAUCUGUGAGCCAGCCCUGCUCACACAUCUUUGUUAGUUAUUUGUGCCCAAAAAUGGGGGGGAGACAAACAUUUUCAUCUCAGUUGAUGAAGCUGGGGGCUAUUUACAAACCUAAAUUGGAAACCAGAUCUGGGUGGAAUUCAUAAAUCUGAAAAACAAGAUGACAAAGAAUUCACUUGGCGCUAAUGAUUUUGUUUGCCACAGUAGACCAUAGGAAAUGUUACAUUCACCAAAGCUGCCACUAUCUAGAAAGGAACUCGAUCCCAUAUCCCUAGAAGCCUGGAAGCUGCACCCUGGAAGCUUAACUAAGAUCCUGGACUCUAGUGAGCUUUUAGCUAAUGCUAAUCAUAGUGAAGUGUUGCCAUGGCCCCUGCAAGACUAGGAAUUAUUUUUGUAACGAGCCCAAAUCUAGGACCUAUGGGACAAACAGAAGCGUUGCCGUUCCUUUAAGUGCAUUAUAGUCUAGUGACUUCGUAUUAUUAUUAAUAGGUUGUGUGGCAAAACUUAAGGUGGGUGCCUGUAUCAUGAAAUUGCAUAGGGAAACUCUGUACGUCUGAAUAACUGUACCGGCCUCCAUACUGCUUAUAUUAGAGAUUGUUUAGUGGAGAAGGGGAAAAAUAUUAGAAACAGUGCAUCCAGUGAUUGCUUCUGCUUAGAACAUUCACGCGAGUUAAAUGUGUGUAGUUUGAUGGUUUGUUAUAGCUACUUGAAGUAUAGUGAAUGGAUAUUUAAGAGGAAAGACUGAUACAGCUACAG